AAAAUACACACGAUAAAUUUUCUGUGACUAGGGCGCGGUUCAUAUUUCAUCAGAAAAUUCGACAUUCGACGGUUGCCUUCAUACCAAUUCUAUGGGCCCACUGGGCCCCUUAAACUGUAAAGAUAUUAAGAACAGUCUUAUUUCUGCAAGAACAUAUUAAGUAAACCUCCUUUGAGCGGGUGAUUUUUCUCUCCCAGAUCCAACUUUGUGUGCCGUGUGCGUGGAGGGUGAAAUCUGUGCACGAUGUCAUUACGGCUCGCUCUUGCAGAAGUAAUCAGUCUUGCGCGGCGAAGGGUUCUGGGAACGUAUAAAAACUACCGCUACCCAGCAGUAAAACCUCAAAAUCAGGCAGUUUCAGCAAGACUUAGCCUCCAGAAUACACCGAUAAGCGGUCAGGGAGGUAGAGUCCAGAGCUUUGCUGCUCAGUUGCGUCGGAAUGCGGCGCUGAGGUUCAUCGAAACUCGCAAUGCUGCUUACGGGAGAAGAGCAGCGAGAUGGGGAGGUUUGUUCCCCGGGUUUGCCUUCGUGGGGCUGACCCUAGCUGCAGGGGAAAGUGACCGUCUUCUCGGCCAAGAGGACGGCGAGGUGAAUGAUGAGGAGACGGUGCGAAAGUUGCCACUGGACACAUGUUGCGAUAUAGUUAGGAAUAUUUUUGGUAGGGAAGACAAUCAUCUUGACCCUCAUCUUGAAGAAAAAGAUUUCCCCUCCGACAUCACAGCUUACGACAUCUCCAAGACACUUCUUGGCAAAGGUACAAGUGCCUCCAUCUAUGCAGCAAGACUGUCGACCCUCUCGGAGGAAAGGGAAUUGGAAGACGAAGACUCUCUUGAUGAGGAAGUCGAUGAUGAGAAUGAAGAUGAUUGGGAGAUGGUUUCUGAUGAUGGAGGACUGAGAUCUGGUAAUCUUCAAGAUGCUGAGAGUGAGACUGAAGGAUUCACUUUGCUUGGGAGACUGGAGGAGGUCUCGGAUGCAGAUGAAGAUGUUCUUGAUGAGGCCAGCGCAAAAUGUUCUCAAGAACUUCCUUCUGAGGCAGAUACUAGUGAAAGCUAUGAUCUGGCUUUGAAGAUGAUGUUCAACUAUGACAUAGACUCCAACUUCUUGGCCAUCUCACACGCUUUCCAGAGAGAGUACUUGCCUCUCUGGCCAGCAGCCGUAACCAAGGGAACCUUUGGAACUGUCCAAUGGGAGAACGGGGACAGAGCAAAAAAGAAGAAAAAGGAACGUUUUCUGCCACCUCAUCCGAACACUCUAGAGAUCUACCAUGCGUUUGUGGCAUCAACAGUGACCCAUGACCUGGAGGAGGCACGGACUCUCUUCCCAGCUGCAUUGCCAAUGAGACUUCAUGUUGACGGGAUGGGACGGAACCAGACCAUGUUUUUAAUCAUGAAGAGGUACGACAUGACGCUAGACGAGUACAACAACAUUAUCGGUUUCCCAUCACAGCGUGUCGCCAUGGUGAUGAUUGCACAACUACUUGAGGGUGUGUCACACCUGGUGGAUUAUGGGAUAGCUCAUCGUGACCUGAAGUCCAAUAACAUCUUAGUUGACCUUGCAGAGGGGAGCCCUCAUGUGGUGAUAGCGGACUUUGGAUGCUGUCUGGCGGACGACACAGUGGGGCUACACCUUCCCUACCCAACGAGGCAUACGGAGAUCGGAGGAAACAGCGCCCUCAUGGCCCCAGAGAUCAAGCUAUCUACGCCUGGCCCUGACUCUACCAUCAACUACACCAAAUCAGAUGCGUGGGCUAUUGGAGCAAUAAGCUAUGAGAUAUUGGGCUUGAUGAAUCCUUUCUAUCGGCGAGACGAUGGGAGGCAGGGGCUCGACAGCGCCUUGUACGAGGAAGAAGAGUUGCCAGAGUUACCAGAUAACACACAACCUGGUCUGGUGAAAGUCAUCAAAGGGUUGCUAAGGAAAGAUCCAAAGACGCGACCUACUGCAAGGAUAGCAGCCAACAUGCUUCAUCUGUCUCUAUGGCAACCACCAGUUUUCACUUUCACAUCAAUGGAAGACUGUCCGGUGCUUCCCGCUCAAAUCUCCAUCCAGGAACACCUGAAAACAUGGCUGCUGUGCAUGACAGCUGGCCUGCUGUGUCAAAGGUCAACGCAGAAUGUCAAAGGUCACAAGCUUUGGCUUGACCCAACUGAGUACCAGUUGUGUACAACCUUCAUGUCGGGUGUGACCUCGAAUGACCUUCAACAAGCAGCGAACUUUUUGGUUGACUAGGCUAACCUCAGUCUGACCGUUUUGAGGGUGCUCUUAACAGCACCGUGUGUCACAGGGUCUAAUAAAAAAAGCGGACAGAACCCUACGACAUAAUUGUUAGCCUUUUAGCGUAAUUUUGUCUACCCUCGCAUUGACUGCCGUGACACCAUGUCAGAAAUCUCUUUUGAGUAGUGGUCAGAGCAACCAUUUUACUCCGCGGCAAUAGAAUAAAAAGCAAGACCCUGUUCCCAAAGAAUAAAAAUCUAUACAGCAACAUAUUUACACACAUGGUGUUACCGCAAAUUAAAUAUACAGUGAUGCCUUCUACCAUGCGAUGCCUCAAAACAUAUAUUAAUGAAAAAUACAAAAGCAGCUCUACAACAGAAUGUUUCUUGACUUACUAGUGUGGCAUUUAUUUGCAUACAAUUGCCUCAUUGUCAAGAAGACAACAAUACAGAGUACAAAAGAGUCAUUGUCUCCUAAAAGUGUCUUUGUUCUUGCAGAGGUCUCCUCACAAGUUAUUAAACUGGUUUUUUUUUAAUAUCUAGUAUUAUUACAUUUGCUUAGUUGAUAACUCUAAAAUUCCAUCUUCGAUCUCUGUCAAAUAAUUUUAAUAUUACAGCUUUAUUUAUAAACAACUGUUUAAAAAGAAUUCCUCUCUGCGGAAAGCAAGUUUUCUUGUUUAAACUUUACGAUUUGGUUUUUGAAAGUUAUAGAUUCCUAGUUUUUUAGGUGCUAUUUUUGGACGAGACAUCAAUACGUUCCUAGGUUUGGAAUAGCAGCUUGAAUAUUCUUCAGAUAUUUUCAAAUUAUUAUUUUUGUGUGUGUGCGACAAAACAAGUUUGCUUAAACAGUUAAUAGUUUUGGGAUGAAUGAAAGUACAUAAUUGGUAAAAAAUAUUUGAAAACAUAUGGCAAUUUUUUUUAAACGGAAAUUUCAUCCCUCUGUGGAAAUAUUACAAAGUUUGAGGUAAAUGAUGAGAAAAAUAGUUAAACCUAUUUUGUAGGGAUAUUGUGCGUGUUCGACUUGGGCCGUUUUGGAUUGCUCGAGUUGAAAUAGCAUUUAUUUGUGGUGUGUUUUAAAACUAUUAUCUCUUGAGGAUUGUUCUUUAAGAAUUUCAAAUGAUCAAAACUUUCAUAUUUUUACCAAUUCUGUACUUUGUCCUUACCCCUUUUCAAGUUCAACUACCGCUUUACACAGAUUGCACGUUUUUUAAAAGAGUGAACAAAACUUGCAAUGCUUGUUUUUGUGAAAAUAAAGAUAAAUACCGAUAUUUUUAGCACGUUGA